CGGAUCUCAUUCAUAAUCCUUGAAGAUCAUGCCUAAUAUAUGACGAUAGAUGCUCUCACGUUAAACCAAUCUGCUCCUAUAUAUUCAUUUUUCAUUUUUUAUGUUGUUUACGCAUUUCCAAUUGAUUUUUGCUCAACUCAUACAGUGAUACAAGGUGUAAUAAUUUAUCAAACUCCUAUCAGAAAAUUUUUCGAUGAGCAAGCGUAUCUUCCCCUACCAUACAAGUUCAUUGCAGAUUUCCACAGUGUCUGUUAGGUCUGCUGAUGAGACGAGUUGUGCUCCACCGUUUAAAUCGUAGUCUUUGUUUUGAAAUGUCGAUACUCGUAGCUGGAAAACUGGCACUUGUUACCGGUGCGGGAGGUGGCAUCGGAAGAGAGAUAUGUCGAGUUUUAUCUCGAGAAGGUGCAACCGUUGUCGCAGCCGAUCAAAAUAUUAAAACUGCUCAGGAAACUGUUGCCUCUUUAGAAGGUACUGAACAUAUUGCAAUACAUAUUAAUGUUGAGGAUCGAAACAGUGUCGAAACUGCGUUUAAAGAUGUCGUGAAGCAAUUUUCAAAGCCUCCUACUAUCAUUGUUAAUUCGGCAGGCAUCACGCGAAAAAUGUUUUUGACGAAAUUCGACGACAGUAAUUUUGCGGAUAUCAUUAAUGUCAAUUUAAAAGGUACCUUUUUAGUGAUGCAAACUGCCGUUAAAGCGAUGAUAGAAGGAAAUGCAACUGAAAAUUCUUCAAUUAUCAAUAUAAGUUCUAUUCUUGCUAAACAUAAAUACGUUGGACGUAGUAUUUACAGCGCCUCAAAAGCUGGAGUGAUAGCUAUGACAAAGAGCGCUUCCUUGGAGUUUGGACAGUUUGGAAUUCGCGUAAACGCAGUAUUGCCUGGUUUUCUAAGCACUCCUAUGAUUUCACAUGUAUCUGACGAAGCUGGUGAAAUGGUUAUAAAAAAUAUAACAAAAAAUAUACCAUUACAAAGAAAGGGAAAGCCAGAAGAAGUAGCAGAAGUUAUCGUGUUUUUAGCUUCCGAUAGAAGUUCUUACAUAAAUGGAGCCUCUAUUGAAGUUACUGGAGGAUUAAAUUAGGAUUGAAUCAAGUUUUACUAUUCAUACAGUACCGGUCAAAAAUAUAUUAUUUCUU